AUGAGAAGCUAUCUGGGUUUCAUACUGCUAAUCAGCGCUGCGGCUGCGGAGACAUCCGAUAAGAUGACAACGACAAGGACAACGACCACGACAGCCAGGCCGGAGCAGCGCAACAAACGCCAGCUGGUAGCUCACAAUGCCGGCAUCGGUAUACCCAUCUACUUUGACAACUUCAAUGCGAAUCCGCCGCUGGAGCCCAUCAAGCCGGCGCAGCCCGUUGGAGUGGGGGGCAACACGGCGGGCGUGCAGCCAACUGGCUUUCUGCCUGGGUUUCCGCAGAAUAUACCCAUUGUGGGCACGCUGUUGACCAAUUUGCCGCUCCAGAACCUGCUCGCCGGCUUUAAUCUGGGCAACCUGGGCCAGCUGGGCGGCCUCGGUAAUUUGUUUAAUGUGGGCCAACUUGGCAAUCUGCCCAGCUUGGGCGGCACCAAGCCGGGCGGUGCUGGCGGCACUGGCGGCACGCCCCCACAAACAUGCCCGCUCACCCAGAAGCUGAGCUGCCGCUGCGAGCCGUUGUUCUCGCUGCCGGUGCGCCAGCCGGAAACGCAGCUGGUGCAGAUCCUCAAGCAGAAUGUGCGCCACAACGAGGACGGCACGCAAGAACUGCGCCUGGUUAUUAGCAACGGACACGUUAUCUACCAUCGCAACGACAAGGAUGCCAGCAAACAGCUGGGCUACUAUGCGCUGCCCAUCCAAACCGGGCACUAUCUGAACAUUCACUAUAGCAUCAAUCAGACCAACUACACGAUCAAGGCCGAUGUGGGCAGCUCGCCGCCCGAUUCAGAUUUCGAAGCCUAUUGA